AUGAUGUCCGAUUCAUCUGGCUCCGAUCAUCAUGAUCGUUCCUUCGAAAUGGCCUUUGAUGAGCACAGUUCGGCACCCCAACUCGACCCACGUGUCAUUGAAGAAAUCCGCCAGCACAAAUCCAACGUGCACAAGAAUGCACCCCCCAAGAAGACCGACAAGUUUGACGUCUGGAAGAGACGCACGAACUCUGAUGACGGCGAGAAACAGGAGACCGGCAGCCAUGGCGACGAGGGUUCCCCAAUUCACCGAACCCAAUCGCCUGCACGACGGCCCCAUCACUUAACCAAGGAGCAAGAGACUACCACCGUUCAUCCUGAGAGAACUGACCAGGGCACAGCUGUACAGCAUCAAGACCAGGCCCAAGCUCACUGGGAUGGGUGCAAGAACAUCGACAUUCCCUGGCAUCAACUCAAGAUCUUGCGCUCCACUGGAAAACCAGACCCCGUCAAGAUCCAACAGCGUAUUGGAUAUUGCACUGCCGGCAAAGAGAUCGAGUUGAUGAUGAAUGCGUAUCCAAUUCUUUCGUUCCCCACCAAAUCUGUCUACCAAUACGAGAUCAACGUUCUGCAAACUACCGAUAAUCCCAGGGAGAGGCCAGCUCAGACUGAGACUGAUCGACGAAUCCUGAGAAAGUGCUGGAACAGUGACACGCGAAAGGGUCAUAUUCCCGAUGGAAUCUGGGAUGGUGGCAGGAUCUGCUGGUCCAUGAGGGAUUUCAGAAGCUGGGUGGAAACUGUUCAUUUCAAGGCUAACAUGACUCGUGAGCUUCAGACUCAAAGAAAGGUCGAACGUGGCAGCGCUCCUACUUUCAAGAUGUCUAUCCGGCAAAAGCGCAAGCUGAACCUUGGUGUAAUCAGCCACUGGCUUCAGGGAAAUCAUGAACUCGACGAGUACGUGAUUGAAGCCUUGAGUUUCUUGGACCAUCUACUUCGUGAAUGGCCUACCAAGGAGUUUGCUGCGAUCAAGCGAGCUUUCUUCUUUGAUGACCUCGGUGACAGGCACGCGUUGAAACAGGAAUUCUACCAACCCCUUCAGAAUAUGGGUGCUUCCGUUUAUCGUGGCAUUUACCAAGCAAUCCGUCCUACUCCGAAUGGUCUUAUCUUGAAUGUCGAUGUUGCCCACUGCGUGUUCUAUUCCCGUAUCACUCUCAUGGGAUAUCUGAUGAACGCCACAGGUUGUAAUGAUUUCAGCACACUUAUCAGAAGACUACGGCCCCAGAAGGACGCCUCUGGAAAUCUGCAGCACACGGCCUUGGUUGCAGCUCUGAGCAAGAAGAUCUUCGGCCUCAGAGUUGCGCCAAACUACGAUGGAUGCCCUGUUCACCUGAAAAGCUUUCUAGUGAAAGGCCUUAUUGAGGAUACUCCAAGAAGUUUGCAGAUCGACUUCGUGGACAAAGCAACAGGAAAUGUGAAGACUAUGAGUGUUGAGCAGUAUUUCCGUCAACGAUACAAUGUUCGGGUCACGCACCCAAACAUGCUCUUGGUGGAGAUGCAAAAGGACGGCGUCUUUUACCCUGCCGAGUUCCUGGUUAUCAAAAGUCUUCAGAGAUAUCGCCCAAAGCUCAAUGAUGCCCAAUCCGCACAGAUGAUUCAGUGGUGUGCAACGAGACCCCCGAAGCGCUUAGCAAAUGCUCGUCAAUCCAAGGAGUUGCUGAAUCAUAAGCAUGACCCGAUUCUGCAGCAAUAUGGCAUGGUUAUUAGUGAGCAGAUGAUCAAGACCAAGGCCCGUCUCCUCCCUUGCCCUGAGCUUCAAUUUGGUGGUAAUCGAAAGCUCAACCCUAUGCACAAUGGAUCUUGGGACCUGCGUGGAAAGAAAUUCUUCAAGAACAAUGAAAAGACCCUGGAGCGAUGGGGCGUUGGUUACUUCGAAUCUCAGCGACAUGGAAUCAGUCAGGAACAGGUCAUCACAUUCCUUGAACAAUUCCAGAAAACCUACUCUCAAAUGGGAGGUGAUAUCACCAAACGUCCCGUCGUGGUGCCAUUGAAGGAAGAUGUCGGUCCUGGUGUCCGCAGACUCUACGAAGCAGUGGUCUCACGUUACCCAGGCGAGCCCCAAAUUCUGCUCCUGAUUGUUCCGGAUAAGGAUUCUUUCGUGUAUCUUCGCAUCAAGAAAUCCUGCGACUGUCGCUAUGGAGUGCCCUCGCAGGUACUCCAGACUAGGCACUGCAUCGCUAACAAGCCCCAGUACUCCGCGAAUGUCUUGAUGAAGGUCAAUGCUAAGCUAGGAGGUAUCACAGCUCGAGCUGUCCCGAAGAACAAAUCUACUUAUAUGCGGCCUGGUUCCAUGAUCAUCGGUGCGGAUGUCACUCAUCCUAUGAUGGGCGUAUGGACUCCAUCUCUGGCCGCAAUGUCGGUUUCAUCCAACUCUACCGGUACCCGCUACAUGGGUGGCUGUGAAUGCAAUGGUGACCGUAUUGAGAUUAUUCGCGAACGCGUUGUGCAGCAAAUCCUGCGUCCUCUGGUCUCCGAAUGGCAAGCUACCAUUGGAAACGGCAAGGCCCCGGAUUAUGUUUACUACUUCCGCGACGGUGUGUCUGCGUCUGAAUACUGCAAGGUUCUUCGCGAGGAGAUCCCCUCUAUUCGCUUCGCUAUUGCGCACGCGUGUGGUUUGAGAGUUUGGCCAGGUAAGCUCGUCGUUGUUGUCGCCAACAAACGCCAUCACAUCCGUGGCUUCCCUGAUCCAAACAACCGGGCCGCCUCAGAUACUCACGGUGGCUGUCUCCCCGGUACCAUGAUCGAUCGGGAUGUGACAAGUCCCAGUGAAUGGGACUUCCUGCUAUACACUCAUGUCGCUCUCCAAGGAACCGCCCGUCCGGUCUAUUACCACGUUCUUCUCAAUGAAAUUGACGGACUCGGACCAAAUGAGCUGGCGGGCAUGAUCAAUGACCACUGUCAUCAGUACAUUCGCUCGACAACAUCGGUGUCGGUCCACCCUGCGAUCUACUAUGCCCAUCUGAUCUCCGUUCGUGCCCGCCACCACGAGGAUGUUCCAGUCUCUGCUGGCCCUCAAAGUGGCCCUGAGGUCAAGAUGACGAACCCUAAGCCUCCUGGGCCUCGCGCUAAAAAGCUGCUACCAAUCGAGGGCACUUCUAACCGCCUGGCCCUGAGCAUGUGGUAUAUCUAG